AUAGGUUAUAACAUCUAAUAAAAAAAUUACUAAGCAGUUGUAGUCAUUACAUUCAUUAGACUCUGACUUAAUUGCUCUACAGUAGCAAGCGAAUGUGCGCGACAAACCUUAACGUAGUCAGACGUCUAUUAACGUAUAAUUAACCAAUCACCACCCUAACCAACAUAAUCAAUAGGGUUUUUAUAAAAAACAAAAACCUCACGCAAUGGGCGACAACAUUAUUGGUUCCGCCAGCUUUCUGCAUUUGGGCGAUAUUGUAUCGCUAUAUGCAGAGGGUAGUGUUUGUGGCUUUCUAAGUACGCUCGGCUUAGUGGAUGAUCGUACUGUGGUAUGUCCAGAGGCAGGAGAUUUGAACUAUCCACCAAAAAAAUUUAGAGAUUGUCUUAUUAAAGUAUGCCCAAUGAAUCGAUAUUCCGCACAAAAGCAGUUUUGGAAAGCUGCUAAACAAUCUACCAAUUCAAAUACGGAUACAAAUUUGCUGAAAAGAUUACAUCAUGCCGCUGAAAUAGAAAAGAAGCAAAAUGAAACUGAAAAUAAAAAGCUGCUUGGCUCUUCAAUACAAUAUGGCAGCGUAGUUCAAUUGUUGCAUCUUAAAUCUAAUAAAUACCUAACGGUAAAUAAGCGUUUACCCUCUCUACUCGAAAAGAAUGCAAUGCGUGUUUACUUGGAUGCGAAUGGAAAUGAAGGUUCAUGGUUCUAUAUAAUGCCCUUUUAUAAGCUGCGUUCUAUAGGAGAUAAUGUUGUGGUCGGUGAUAAAGUUAUUUUGAAUCCAGUAAAUGCUGAUCAACAAAAUUUGCAUGUUGCUGCGAAUUAUGAGCUCCCCGAUAAUCCUGGCUGUAAAGAAGUCAAUGUUUUAAAUUCAUCAACAUCUUGGAAAAUUACUUUAUUUAUGGAGCAUAAAGAAAAUCAAGAACAUAUACUUAAGGGUGGUGAUGUAGUGCGACUAUUUCAUGCAGAACAAGAAAAGUUUCUUACUAUGGAUGAGUAUAAAAAACAACAGCAUGUUUUUCUGAGAACUACUGGACGCACAAGUGCUACUGCAGCAACUAGUAGCAAAGCAUUAUGGGAAAUUGAGGUGGUACAGCACGAUUCUUGUCGUGGCGGUGCAGGGCACUGGAAUUCUUUGUACCGUUUCAAACAUUUAGCAACAGGUUAUUAUUUAGCAGCCGAGCUGGACUCGAGUGAAUCUUUAAUGUCCAUAAAUGAUGUAGCAUUUAAUACUGAUAUGUCCAAAGACGUUUUUGCAAAUGCUAGUGAAAAAAUUAAAAAUGAACAAUAUCGGCUUGUUUCGGUACCAUUUUCUACAGAUAUUGCAUCAGUGUUUGAAUUAGAUCCUACAACUAUGGCUCGUGCAGAUAGCCUUGUACCACAAUCUAGUUAUGUGCGACUUCGCCAUUUAUGCUCAAAUACUUGGGUUCAUGCUACUUCCAUACCAAUUGAUAUUGACGAUGAUAAACCAGUGAUGUCAAAGGUUUGCUGUUCAACCAUUAAGGAAGACAAAGAAGCCUUUGCUCUUAUACCUGUUUCACCUGUUGAAGUACGCGAUUUAGAUUUCGCCAAUGAUGCUUGUAAAGUGUUAGCAACAGACACUGUUAAGCUAGACAAUGGCAUGUUGUCAUUGAACGAAAGGAGAUCCUUAAUAGCUUUAUUGCAGGAUAUUGUUUACUUUAUUGCUGGCAUGGAAAACGAACAGAAUAAGACUAAAGCUUUAGAAUUAACAAUAAAAAAUCCGAUACGCGAUCGGCAAAAACUUUUACGCGAACAAUACAUUUUAAAACAACUUUUUAAAAUUUUGCAAGGACCUUUUCAAGAAAAUGCAGGUGGUGAGGGACCAUUUCUGCGUCUCGAUGAGCUUAGUGAUCCAAAAAAUAGCCCUUACAAAACUAUAUUCCGUUUAUGUUAUCGUAUUUUAAGACUUUCACAGCAAGAUUAUCGUAAAAAUCAGGAAUACAUAGCAAAACAUUUUGGUCUUAUGCAAAAACAAAUUGGAUAUGAUAUAUUGGCUGAAGAUACUAUUACAGCGCUUCUGCAUAAUAAUCGCAAAUUACUUGAAAAACAUAUAACAGCAGCUGAAAUAGAGACAUUCGUUGGUUUGGUUAGAAAGAAUAUGAGCAAUUGGGAUUCUCGGUUUUUAGAUUAUCUUUCUGAUUUGUGUGUCUCCAACCGUAAGGCUAUUGCAGUAACACAGGAACUAAUUUGCAAAAGCGUUUUAAGCGCUAAAAAUUCAGAUAUACUAAUUGAUACCAAAAUAAAAAACGUUAAACUUUUAUCAAAUAAUUUUAAAAAUGAAGAACAGUUUUUAUCAACUCUUUCGGAAGUUGGCGAUGAUGAUGAGAAGCUAGAUUUAAUAUCAACUGUUACUACCUCAACAUGGGAUAGCAAUAGUAUGGACGGAGUAAAAGAAAAAUAUGAAAUUCAUUUGCAGUGGAAAGGACAACAAAGUUCUCGCUCCAUGGAAGAUUUAGCAAGUUGUGUUGUGCAAGACAAAGAAGAAGAAGCUGCUAUAUUAAAUUAUUAUCGCCAUCAAUUAAAUUUGUUCUCGAAUAUGUGUUUAAAUCGUCAAUAUUUAGCGCUUAAUAAUUUAUCCCCACAUUUAGAUAUUGAUUUAAUACUGAAAUGUAUGUCUGACGAAACAAUGCCAUAUGAAUUGAGGGCUUCGUUUUGUCGACUUAUGUUACACUUACAUGUUGAUCGUGAUCCACAAGAGCCAGUAACACCUGUAAAAUAUGCUAGAUUAUGGAGUGAAAUACCAUCAAAAAUGUCUAUUUUAGACUAUGAUGGUAAGAAGCAACAGCCCGAUUUUAAUAAAGAAGCUGUGCGUGCUAAAUUUAAUACAACAAUCGCUUUCGUUGAAAAUUAUUUGUGCAAUGUUGCAACAAAAGUUUGGUUGUUUACUGAUCAGGAACAAAAUAAGUUGACGUUUGAGGUUGUGAAGUUGGCACGAGAUUUAAUUUAUUUUGGUUUCUACAGCUUUAGUGAUUUGUUGCGUUUAACUAAAACUCUACUUUGCAUAUUGGAUUGUGUUUCUGAUACUGGUGUUGAUAAUUCGACUGGUGGUCGAUACGUUAGCCCUGAAAUUGACUCUGCGGAUGAAGAGGAAGAGGCUGAGGGUGGAGUUUUACGUUCAAUUGGUGACAUAAAUACGGUAAUGACUUCCUUAGCGCUUGGUUCAGUCGGCACGGCAAUGGUAGCUCCAAAUUCCAUCUCUUUGCAACAGCGGAAAUCAGUUUCUCAACUAAUGAAAGAAUAUCCUCUCGUUAUGGACACAAAAUUAAAAAUUAUAGAAAUUCUACAAUUCAUUCUUGAUGUACGUUUGGAUUAUAGAAUAAGUUGCCUCCUAUCGAUAUUUAAACGUGAGUUUGAUGAAACUGAGACUGGCGGUACACAUGCUGAUCCAACAGCUGCAGCAGCUGCAUUAAGUGUACGCCAAAAAAAUAUCGAUUUAGAGUCAAUUGGCAUGCAAGCGGAGGGUAUAUUUGACUGUGAAAAAGGAGAUGCAAUUAAUCUCGACCUAGACGGGCAGGGAGGUCGAACUUUUCUGCGCGUACUCUUGCAUCUCAUAAUGCAUGAUUAUCCUCCGCUUGUUUCUGGUGCAUUGCACUUAUUAUUUCGACAUUUCAGUCAACGUCAGGAAGUAUUACAAGCGUUCAGACAGGUACAACUACUUGUGUCCGAUAGCGAUGUGGAAUCGUACAAACAAAUCAAAUUUGAUUUGGAUAUAUUACGGCAAAGUGUGGAAAAAUCGGAAUUGUGGGUGUAUAAAUCGAAAACGACAGAUGAAAUGACAACAACUGAAGCCACAAUUGAUUCAACCACUCUCAACAAUGAAUAUAGAGCUUCACUUUCAGAGGAGCAACUCAAUGAGUAUAAAAAGGUUAAAGAGAUACUAAUGCGCAUGAAUAAAUUUUGCAUUACCACAGAUGCAACAGGUGCUGUUGUCAAGCCACGUAAACACGAACAGCGUCUUUUGCGCAAUGUUGGUGUUCAUACCGUCGUUUUGGAUUUGUUGCAAAAUCCGUAUGAUGAAAAAGAUGAUGUACUUAUGAAAGAACUUAUGUGUUUGGCACAUGAGUUUUUACAAAACUUUUGUCUUGGAAACCAACAAAAUCAAGUACUGCUGCACAAUCAUUUGGAUUUAUUUUUGAAUCCUGGCAUAUUGGAAGCAAAAACGGUUUGUGCAAUUUUUAAAGACAAUCUUACACUCUGCAAUGAAGUGACGGAUAAAGUUGUGCAACACUUUGUGCAUUGCAUAGAAAUCCAUGGACGUCAUGUUGUGUAUUUGCAAUUUUUACAAACAAUUGUUAAAGCUGAAAAUCAAUUUAUAAGAAAAUGUCAGGAUAUGGUUAUGCAGGAGCUGAUAAAUGCUGGCGAAGAUGUUUUAGUUUUUUACAAUGACAAGACAUCCUUUAAUCAGUUUGUUGUGAUGAUGCAAAAUUAUCCUACACCUCUGCCUGAUGACAGCCCAUUACGCUAUCAUGUAGAACUCGUCAAACUUUUAGCUUGUUGCACCAUGGGAAAAAAUGUAUAUACGGAAAUUAAAUGUAAUAAUUUAUUAUCACUUGAUGAUAUUGUUACCAUUAUUUGCAAUCCGGGUUGCAUAUCAGAGGUAAAAGAAGCAUAUGUAGACUUUUUGAAUCACUGUUAUAUCGAUACUGAGGUUGAAAUGAAAGAAAUUUAUUCCUCAAGCCAUAUGUGGAACUUAUUUGAAAAAUCUUUUCUUGUAGAUAUUAAUCAGUUAAUUGCGACAGGUGCAAUUGCAGAUAAGAUUUUGCUUAAUUAUGUGCUUAAUGUAGUCACGAAUGUGUUAAGUACAUUCUUUUCUAGUCCCUUUUCGGAUCAAAGCACGAUUGUGCAAGCACGACAAAUGAUUUUUGUGCAAUUAUUGCAAGCCACGUAUCGUUUAUCUCAGUGCAAAUGGUUGUCACUGGCUGAUCGUUUUAAUGUCGAAAAUUGUAUUCGUACGUUGGCCGAAUCGGCGAAAAUGCGUAGCAUUGCAAUACCGAUCGACUUAGAGCAACAAGUGGUUACUAUGUCUAGCAAAACAGCAUUACUGACACGUCAAACCACAAAAUGGCUAUUAGCGUCGAAACAACCAAAAUACGAAACACAGCUUUCGGCGAAUUUAAUGCGAUUAGAUCGUUCUAUAAUAGAAGGUUUACAAGAUAUUGUAUCACUAUUAGAGGAUCAGCUUAAACCAGUUGUAGAAGCGGAAUUGUCUUUACUGGUAGAUAUACUCUAUCGGUCGGAAUUACUAUUUCCAGCAGGUACAGAGGCUCGAAAGCGAUGUGAAAGUGGCGGUUUUAUACGAAAAUUGAUUAAGCAUACAGAAAAGCUACUCGAAGAAAAGGAGGAAAAAUUAUGUGUGAAGGUGUUGCGUACACUGAGAGAAAUGAUGGCAAUUGAUGUCAAUUAUGGAGAGAAAGGUGACGGGUUAAGAAAUACAUUGCUUAUGCGAUAUUUUGAUCAAAAGAGUAAUAAUGGUGUAAAAGCUUUAGAAGCUGGCAAGAUAGAUUUAAACAACGCUAGUUCAGUUGAUCAACAAAAACGUAUACACUUAGUUACUCACGGACCAGGAGCAAAGUACUUACAACGAGCGGGCAAAACCCUACACGAAGUACAAAAUCACUUAGACCGAGAAGGCGCAUCUGAUUUAGUUGUCGAACUUGUUAUUAAAUCUGUACACUCACCUUCAAUAUUCGUUGAAGCUGUGGAAUUGGGAAUUGCGUUACUAGAAGGUGGUAAUCCUAUGAUACAGAAGGGAAUGUACCAAAAGUUCUUGAGUGGAGAUUUUAAUCAAGCUUUUUACAAAGUUUUUUUCGAAAAAAUGAAGGAUGCGCAACAAGAAAUUAAAUCGACUGUUACUGUAAAUACAUCUGAUAUAGCCGCGAAAGCACAUGAAAAUAAACAAGAUGCAAAUCUAGAACUGGAUAAAAUAUCAAGAAAACACGGUGUAAAGAGUAACGGUGUUGUUAUUACUGAUGAACUCAAGAAAGAAUUACACAACGCUGGUUUAGCUACAGCUCGAGCUUUUGGUAAUGCACGAAAUUUACAUAAUGGAGAUGAGAAUUCAACAAUUAAUAUUAAUAGUCCUUUGGAAGACAUACUUGCUGAAAAGUUAGAAAAACACAAAGAUAACAAAGAGGAUCGUAAUAAACUGUCAAACAAAGUGUUAGUAAUGCAACCAAUUCUGCGUUUUUUACAACUGCUCUGUGAAAAUCACAAUCCUGAUCUCCAAAAUUUACUUCGUAAUCAAAAUAAUAAAACUAACUAUAAUUUGGUUUCAGAAACAUUGAUGUUUCUUGACUGUAUUUGCGGUUCUACGACAGGUGGACUUGGUUUACUUGGCUUAUAUAUUAAUGAGAAUAAUGUUGCUCUCAUCAAUCAAACUCUUGAGACUUUAACUGAGUAUUGUCAAGGUCCAUGUCAUGAAAAUCAAAACUGUAUAGCUACUCAUGAAUCGAAUGGCUUGGAUAUCAUAACAGCUUUGAUAUUAAAUAAUAUUAAUCCGCUUGGUGAAAAUCGUAUGGAUUUGGUGUUAGAACUAAAAAACAAUGCAUCCAAAUUACUUUUGGCUAUAAUGGAAAGUCGUGGUGACAGCGAAAACGCUGAGAGGAUUCUUUAUAACAUGAAUCCAAAACAAUUAAUUGAAGUGGCAUGUAAGGCUUAUCAUCAGGAAGAAAUGAUCGAUGAAACUGAUGAACAAGAAGAAGCCGAAGCGGAUACUGAGGAUGACGAUGUUUCAGUCAGUCCACGUGAAGUUGGGCAUAACAUUUAUAUACUUUGCCAUCAAUUAGCACAACAUAAUAAAGAAUUGGCAUCUUUAUUGAAGGCACCUGAGGAUCCGCAAUCUUCAAGUUUUGAUACUAAAAUGAGUCAAGCGUUGAUGUAUUACGCAACACACACUGCUCAAAUUGAAAUUGUGCGUAAUGACCGUACGCUUGAACAAAUUGUAUUUCCAAUACCAGAAAUUUGUGAAUAUCUUACCACAGACACGAAAAACAAAAUUUUAAACACAGCUGAGCGAGAUGAUCAAGGUUCAAAAGUGGCCGAUUUCUUUGAUAAAGCAGAAGAAAUGUUCAAUGAAAUGAAGUGGCAAAAAAAAUUGCGAGGACAACCAUUUCUGUUCUGGGUCAGUAGCUAUAUGUCUUUGUGGAGCAACAUUUUAUUCAAUUGUGUAGUUGUAAUAAACUUAAUAGUAGCAUUUUUCUACCCAUUCGACCACACAUUGCCUGAACUGAGCCAACAUAUUUCACUACUUUUUUGGACUAUACUAAUAUUUUCGUUGGCUAUUGUGGUUACGCUGCCACGAGAAUCAGGAAUACGCACGUUGAUAGGUUCUAUAAUUUUACGCUCCAUAUUUCUGAUUGGGCCUGAAUCGACUUUAAUGCUUUUGGGCGUGGUAACAGUUACACUGAAAAGCGUGCAUAUUGUCAGUAUUAUGGGCAACAAGGGAACAUUGGAGAAAAACUUUUUUAAAAUUAUUUCGGACUUUCAAUUAUUAUAUCACUGUAUAUAUAUAUUCUUUUGUUUCUGUGGCUUGAUUUUUCAUCCAUUUUUUUAUUCUUUGUUGUUAUUUGAUGUUGUAUAUCGUGAAGAAACGCUGGUAAAUGUUAUUAGAUCCGUGACUCGUAAUGGACGAUCUAUUGUGCUCACUGCUGUCUUAGCUUUAAUACUAGUUUAUCUCUUUUCUAUAAUCGGUUACAUGUUCUUUAAAGAUGAUUUCUUGGUCCCUGUGGAUGUAGAAAGUGAAGUAACUGUAUCGGUGGCGUCUGCGCCUAUUGUUAGUCAAACAUGUUCAAGUCCUGAUGAAAUUUCAAAAACCAAAGCUGAUUUAACAAGUGGUAGUGGAGGAGGCAGCACUGAUGCUAAAGAACGUGCCUGUGACUCUCUGGUGAUGUGUAUUGUAACUACACUUAAUCAAGGGCUAAGAAAUGGAGGUGGUAUAGGCGAUAUAUUACGUGCACCAUCAAGCAAAGAGGGACUUUUCGCUGCAAGAGUCAUAUAUGAUUUAUUAUUCUUCUUCAUUGUCAUUAUUAUUGUUUUAAACUUGAUUUUUGGUGUUAUAAUCGACACAUUUGCUGAUUUAAGAAGCGAGAAGCAACAGAAGGAAUUAAUACUUAAAAAUACGUGUUUUAUAUGUGGAUUAAAUCGUUCAGCGUUUGAUAAUAAAACCGUUAGCUUUGAAGAACACAUUAAAAGCGAACAUAAUAUGUGGCAUUAUUUGUACUUUAUUGUUUUAGUUAAAGUGAAAGAUCCAACUGAGUUUACUGGUCCUGAAAGUUAUGUUUAUGCAAUGGUUAAGGCUGGCAUUCUUGAUUGGUUUCCACGUUUACGUGCCAUGUCUUUAGCAGCUGUUGAUGCUGAUGGUGAACAAAUUGAGUUACGUAGUAUGCAAGCACAAUUGUUAGAAACACAAUUGCUUAUUACAAAUUUAUCACAACAAUUGCAUGAAUUAAAAGAUCACAUGACAGAGCAACGUAAACAAAAGCAACGUUUAGGUUUGUUAAAUACAAAUCCAAGCAAUUUUUUAGCGAAUUAUCAAUAUCAGUGAAUUAAAUUUAAGUAAAUAAGAUAACUGUGUAAAAUGUAUAGUUUCGUGAGAGACGCUAAAAUGUUCCCGAAGCAAUUUCAAGGGAAUACCAACAGUGAGUUUAAAAAGUUUCCUGAAUUGGUUACAAAACAAUUAAAGCAAAGCAAUUUAUUAAAAAAAUUUCCAUAUAAUUGUUAAGACUUAAAAAUAUAUUUUAUAUAAAUCAAUUAGAUAUAUUAUAUGUUUAUUUAAUUUAGUAAUUAUGCAUCUUUAAUAUUUAAAACAAAUUAUUUUAAAUGC